CUUGCAAAAUAGUCCUAAAUACCAACAUGAAAAUCAAAUGUGAUUAAGAUUGUGAAUUGUGAGUCAGCCUGAAAAAAAAAAAAAAUCGUGAUACGAUAUAUUUUUGCCAGCUCGCCCACCCAUAGUUUCUUUUCUGUAUUCUGGAGGUGGGAUCUAAUUUUAGAUUAGUAGGUUUAGUGACAUGAAAAUGCUCCCUUCUUCUGCAGACCUCAAAUUGAGAUCUUUGGCAAUAAUUCUGCAGCUAAUUAUAUAUAGGUUUGCUAACAAGCAAAAGUGUUGCAUUCGAUAAAACUAUGGAAAACUUAGUCAGCUGCGUGCGGUCAAAGUUUUACAAACGCUGACAAUAGCCACGAAAGCUCAGACAAAACUGUAUUGUGUGUGUGCUAUCAUUGAAAACCAGGAUUAUUUUAGGAGUCUUGCUAAUUGCUUAACGCAUCUUCCUUUCCUUUACUUCUCCUUCUAACUGUACUUUGCUCUGUCUGUUUUGCUUCCUGUCCAUGCCCCACCUCUUGUACUUUUUUUUUUCUCCCUCUCUCUUUCGCUCUCCGUCGUCAGCAGCAUGCAGGGAGCGGUAAAUCCCACUCUAGAAAAGGGCCAUUGUUUCUCGGGAUUGAAUACUGUCGUCUCAUCAGUGGGGUUUUACAACCGCAAAGCUCAGUGUUUGUAGUUUUCACUAGCAGUCCGGAAAUGAAAGCUGCUUCACUCUGGAUUCGUAGAAGUGCUUUUUGCAAAUGAGAAAGUGGCUGUGAUCUGAAGAGAGACACUUCCCCUGGGGUUACCGGCAUGAUGUGUGCUUUAACUGGUAAUACACAAGACGUCACACGGGGCUUUCUUCUGCCGGGUUAAUUCCAGCUUCAAAGUCACUUCAGCUGCAAUGCCAAGGCUGAUGGUCGCGCACAUCGUCUAAUCGACUCAGUCUGUCUCAGGUCGCUCGUUGCGUGUGCACUUUGAUCCCAAGUGACACCGUGACAAUCAGGUGCCUGUGAAAUGGCUCCAACCUCAGCUUAAAGGCAGUAAGAUGUUUGAUGGGCUGAAUAGUCACUGUGUAGGUCCUGGAUUGAACAUAGCUUGUUGAAAACUCUGUUCAGACCCAUUUUAUUUUAUACGACUCUUUGCUCUUCAGCUUUGAUGGAAUUACUGUGUAAGAGUGACCUACUGAAGAAGGAGGUGCUCUUUAGACACAGGGUCCUGAUGAAGUCGGCAACUAUUCUUGAAGAAGAAAUGCCCAGCCCCAAAACAUGUGGCGACGGACAAAGUAGCCGGCAAGCUGAGUUCGACUCUUUCAUGGGUGAAGAACUCAGUGUCGCACACGGUCAGUCAGAUGGCUAGCCAGGUGGCCGCUCCAUCCUCACUGCACACGGUGGUGGGAUCGUCCACCAUCUCCCUGUCCUCGCCAGGCCUCUCUCCCUCAACUCCUUCCUCCACCCAGCUGAGCCCGGAUGAAGUGGAGCUACUCGCCAAGCUUGAGGAGCAGAACAGGUUGUUGGAGACAGACAGUAAAUCCCUGCGCUCGGUGAACGGCUCUCGGAGGAACAGCGGCUCCUCGCUGGUGUCCAGCUCCUCUGCCUCUUCCAACCUCUCGCACCUGGAGGAGGACACGUGGAUCUUAUGGGGGCGCAUCGUCAAUGAGUGGGAGGAGGUGCGCAAGAAAAAGGAGAAACAGCUGAAGGAACUGGUCAGGAAGGGCAUCCCGCAUCACUUCCGGGCGAUAGUGUGGCAGCUUCUCUGUAGUGCCCAGAAUCUACCCAUAAAGGACCAGUACUCAGAGCUGCUGAAGAUGACGUCACCCUGUGAGAAGCUGAUCCGCAGAGACAUCGCCCGCACAUACCCCGAGCACGAGUUCUUCAAAGAAAAGGACAGCCUGGGCCAGGAGGUGCUCUUUAACGUCAUGAAGGCCUACUCACUGGUGGACAGGGAAGUGGGAUACUGCCAGGGGAGUGCGUUCAUCGUCGGCUUGCUGCUCAUGCAGAUGCCAGAAGAGGAGGCAUUCUGUGUGUUUGUAAAGCUCAUGCAGGAUUACCGUCUGAGGGAACUGUUCAAACCCAGCAUGGCGGAAUUGGGUCUCUGCAUGUACCAGUUUGAAUAUAUGAUUCAGGAGCAGCUGCCUGAGCUGCACAUUCAUUUCCAGGCCCAGAGUUUCCACACCUCCAUGUAUGCGUCAUCUUGGUUCCUCACCAUCUUUCUCACCUCCUUUCCUCUCCCCGUCGCUACAAGAAUUUUCGACAUAUUUAUGUGUGAGGGUUUGGAAAUAGUGUUCCGUGUCGGUCUGGCCAUCCUUCAGAUGAAUCAAGCAGAGCUCAUCCAGUUGGACAUGGAGGGCAUGUUACAGUACUUUCAGAAAGUCAUCCCUCAUCAAUUGGACAGCGGACCAGACAAAGUGAUCCAGGUCGCCUAUCAAGUCAAGUACAAUGCCAAGAAGAUGAAAAAGUUAGAGAAGGAGUACACUACUAUAAAAACCAAGGAAAUGGAGGAACAGGUGGAGAUAAAGAGACUUCGGACCGAGAACAGGCUGCUGAAGCAGAGGAUAGACACUCUGGAGAAAGAAAGUGCUUCCUUGGCAGAUAGAUUGAUCCAGGGUCAGGUGACCCGAGCCCAGGAGGCCGAGGAGAAUUAUCUGGUCAAGCGGGAGCUGGCCACGGUGAAACAGCAGAGCGAGGAGGUCAGCACACAGCUCGAGCAGGCCCAAAGCACCAUCAGAGAGCUCCAACAGCAGCUGCAGCCCUCUGCGAAGGGGAACCCGCGCUACUCUGAAGAGACCCUCCUGCAGUUGGAGAGAGAGCUGGUCCAGGCUCGACUCAAAGAGGCCGAGUCUCAGUGCGCCCUCAAAGAGAUGCAGGACAAAAUCCUUGACAUGGAGAAGAGGAACAUGUCACUGCCAGAUGAGAGUAACGUGGUGCGUCUUCAGGAGGAGCUGAUUGCUGUAAAGAUAAGGGAGGCCGAGGCUCUGACAGGCCUCAAGGAGCUGAGACAGCAAGUCAGAGAUCUGGAGGAGCAUUGGCAGAAGCACUUGGCACGGACAGCUGGCCGCUGGAAGGACAGUCCACGGAAAAACUCGGCAAAUGAACUCCAGGAUGAGCUAAUGAGCGUGAGACUUCGAGAGGCAGAGGCCCAAGCUGAGCUCCGCGAGACCAGGCAGAGACUGCUGGAACUGGAGACACAGAAUCAAAUCCAUAGCAACCAGUUGCGGCGAGCUGAGCAAGAAACGCGCAGUUUGCAUGAUCGUUUGCAGAUUUUGAGCACACAAAAUAAAAUGCUUCACUCGGAGCUGCAGGAGUCCAAACGCAAGCAGGCAGAGAUUGAGUGUAAAAAUAAAGAGGAGGUGAUGGCAGUGAGAUUAAGAGAGGCUGAUAACAUGGCUGCCAUGGCUGAACUCCAGCAGCAGAUCUCUGAAUUGGAGAUUCAGAAGGAAGAAGGGAGGGUACAGGGACACCUGAACAACACGGACUCCAACCAGUACAUCCGAGACCUCAAAGACCAGAUCGCAGAACUCAAGGAUGAGGUCCGCUGUUUAAAAGGGCAGAGGGGCUUACUCGACCGCACCAAUUUUGAUAGGAUCCACCUCGUCAAUCACUACAGAGGGGACAACGAGUCAUACCAGUCCUCAGAUGAAGACGGUGUGAAGCUACCGCUUAACGUGACCCCCUGUCAAGGUGGCGGCCGCAUCAAACUCCACCCCCAGCUGGGAGACACAGACAGCGAUGAAGACGGAGAGAGUCUGAGGCUCAUGGUGCCUUCCAGCAGCAGCCAUAAGAGCACCACUGUGUGACCACCGACACUAACACAUCAGACUGCAAUCUGCAGGGAAGUCGCACCGAAGAGUCCACAGUUGCAUCCAGAUCUGAAAAUGCCAUCUGCUUCUGUACAACUAGAAAUCCUGAAGUGUUCUGUACAAACCAAGAAUCAGGAUUUUUAUUCACAUCUGCCUUAUUCAUUUUGUUUUUGCCAAAAUGAGCCAGAUGUUUAUAUUGGAACUUGUCUUUGCAUUUUGGCAAGAAAUUCAUUGGCUUGUUGUGCUCUUUAAAGCCAGACUGGACAGGAACAAAUACUGAAAGUCCCUAAGACUACCCAGACUCUUCUACACCACACAUCGCUCUACCAGAGAUGAAUCGACUUGUGUGGUAUAGUCUUUUAUGCAUUAUGAUAAAGCGUCAUUCUUCUAAUUUUUUUAUUUUUUCCUUCUUUCUUUUUCUUUCUUUUUUUUUAUUUUUUAAAAAGAGUAAUCAAAAUCCCAUGGUAUGCAUUCGUGGGUGUCCGUCAUGUUUAGGGGAAACACUAUCGAUCAGAUGAAAACACAAACCUGCAAACGGAAAUGGAUUAGUGUCAUAUCAACCAACAAUAACAACCUUGUUUUAACCAUCGCAUGCAGUAUAUCUAAUGACCUUUGUUUUUAUGUUAAAGCAGCUUGUCAAAGAUCUCACAUCCGUGUGUAUAAUAAUAUAUAAAUAUAUAUAUGUGUACAUGUUGUUUUGCAUCUCCAUUUUGACUUGAAAGUGUGUAUGUAAUGAAUUUCAUAUCCUGGAUGUACAGAGUACAAUUCAGUUGAAAGGGACAUAAUCACUGCUUUUGGGAGAUGUUUGAAUGCAACACCGUGCUUACUUCUAUGUUCUCACUGUACUGUAUCCAACUCUUGAUUUAGAACAUGGUUCUUACUAUCAAAAUAUCGUUAUUGUUCUGUUGCCUGGAAAGACAUUAUCGGUUUCUUUAUCACAAUGUUUUUUAAAGCAUGUUUGAAAAGAGCAUGUACCACAUUUUAGAGCAAUUUCACAAAAGGCAAAUACAAACCAAACAGAAGACUCUGUGAAGUCAUCAUAGGAGUGUUUCUGUUCUUGACACCUCAUUCAUGUUCACCACAUUUGUUGCACAUUUGCACAGAACGUGCGGAGAGCUCCAGAAGUAUUGAACACUGACGGUUGUUUUGGAUCUAUGCUCUAGCGCUUGGGAUUACAGAUGCCAGUAAUUAAUGCUGGAAUGACCGUCAGUUAAAGAAAUGUAUAGUGUGGUUUGUGUGUUAUGCCCUCCGUUUCAGACCAUUUCCCCUUUUAAUAUUGAUUGUGUACAAUGAAAUCCUGAAAUGUGUGUAUAAGGAACUUUCACUUUUUAGUUCUUACGAAGCUGUUUCCCAGCCAGGACAAAACAGAUCAGCGUCCUAUAUAAUGAAGUGCCACCCAGUUACCGUAUAGCUACUUUGCUGUACGAUGUUUUCUGUUCAUCUUAGAAAUUGUUCUGCUGCUAUUCUUGGUGAAGAAGUAAAUCAUAUUUCCAUGUUCCUGCCAUAACACUAAUGUCCACCAUGGAUGGUUCCUUUUCCUUCCUUUAUUUUUUUUUAAACUUGAGCACAGGUUUAUCCAUCCACACCAUGUUCUAAACAUGACCGCCUUCUUAUAGCACUUUGCUUUAGCAACCCUUGUAUUUUGGUUCUGAAGACGUUUUGUGCUUUUGAUAUAGUUGUUCAAACUUAGGUUCUGCAAGUGUUUUUCCUGCAUGUGGUGAGUUGUCACAUCACUACUUACAUUAGUGGUUUGUUUUUAGUCAUGCAAUAAAUGAAUAAUUCUG